UCCUGCGCUGGUGAUGCGCCUAGGAUGUGAGGGAUGGAUGCUGUAAUACCUCACAAAGCUAACACCAGAGGGUGGGGGUAAAAAGCGAGGCGUGCGUCACAGGCAACUAAACGCCAGAGGGACAGAGACAUCAAUAACAUCGAGUUCAUCAAUAAGGGAUCUGGAUGCAGUUAGACGGUUUAUUAAAUAGGCCUCUCUCUGAAUUUGAACGCUUUAAUGUGAUGACCCCCCAAGGAGAACAACUGAGGGAAGACUUUCUAGGACCUCCAUCCUACCGCUCGGUGAUGGCUAUCAACACUGACGCCGUUUUCGAGAAGAGUGGCCUGGGCGAGAGGGAAGUCUCCAACCCAACCGACUUCCAGGACACCGAGAAGCUGCUGAGCAAAGCCCUCGCGGAACCGACCGGGGAGAGCAACCUCAAACCCUCCGACUCCUUCCCUCUGAACGCCAGAGGCAGCGUCCGCUCCCUGGACGCGGAGCAGAACGGACGCAGGUCCCCGCUGAAGUCGGGCUCCAUCGGGCAGCUGACGGCCCCACCCAGAUCUUCUUCCCGGCUCAGCCUGGGCCAGCUCUCCUCCCCGGUUCCACCGGGAUCCGAGCCGCCCAGUUACCUCUGGCUGGCCGUGGUGUCCUGCUUCUGCCCCGGAGUGCCGUUCAAUGUCUGCGCCUUGUGGUACGCGAAUGUGUCGAGGUCAGUUCUCCACACGGGAGACAUCGAGGGAGCAAAAAAGUAUGGGCGUCGAUCUAUGCUGCUCAGUGUUCUGGCGAUGCUGACGGGUGUGGUUGUAAUCAUCUUCAUAGUGCUUACAAUAGAGGCCCAACAAUGAGUCAAGGUGGAUGGAAACAGUUUCCCUGAACUUCUCCAGAUCUCUAAAUUCCACAGAGGGAUGAGGAUUUCAGAUUGAAGACAGAAGGAAGAGCAAAAUACGAGCUGAGAAAAAUCUGAAGGAAUUCCAAUGUGCACAUUUUUUUUGUUCGGUUUUUCUGCUGUGGACCAAAAGAAAAAAAAAAAGUAUGAAGAAAGAUGGUGUGCAUCAUGAGUCCUUUUCAGGAAACGUCCUGCUUGAUAACACCACAAACUCAGGAAUAAAGGAAUGAGAAGAAAUCCUUUUAGAAACCAAACUAGAGGGACUUCAAGAGGAAUUUAAGGACUCCCAUAAGAGUGUAAUAGAGUGAAGAUAAAGGAGUAAGAAAGCAAACCCUGCUUGCUGUUUAAAAACAAAAUCUGCUACAAUCAGCUGGACUUUUAUGGCCGAGGGGAAAAAGAAUCUGUUUACAAAACGUUUAAAAUGGAGAUGCACCGAUAAGGAUUUCUUUUUCAGGUCUGAACUUUAGAUUUUCUUCAUUUUAUUCUGCAGGUUCUUUGAUGUUUGUAAUAGUUCUGACUCCUAAAAGCUCAGCUUGGUUGGUUGAUACUUUCAUAGCCACAACUUUUGACUUGUGGGCCAAAUAAUUAAGUUAAAAGCAAAGAUAUAUUUAUCCAAUAAAAAAAGGCAAAAAUAUUCCAAGUAGAUAAACUAGAAAAGUUUAUUUUAAUGAAACUGUAUGAUUUCAGGAAUAGGUUUUAUGUCAGUCCUUUGAAAACAUUCAUUUAAUGUAAUGAUUUGACUUUUCCUCUGGGUAAAGUUGUUCUAUUUACUAUAAAAUCGAAAAGGGGAAGGUGUGACGCCCAAUAUAUUUCAGUAUUUUUACGUUUUGUUGGUGAAAAACAUUUUAAAACGUGUCCUUCGCGCCAAUAUUGAUUAGGAAACAGGGCCGCACAAAAUAUUCCAAGGGCUGCAAAUGGCUCCUGGACCUUAUUUUGGACACCCUCGGUUAAAAAAGUGAUUCAAUGAAAAGAUUCAGAUUUUUCCGUUUUCGACCUGUUGAUUGGUGCAUCUCCAGUUUAAAUCAUUUGAAGCCUUCCUGCUGUUCUAGUUGAUGUCCUGCUUCGCGUGUUAACCUGAUAAGCUGUACUGACUCCUGGUUGGCUUCCACAUAACUGUGUGAAUGUUUACAAUAAUCUAUAAACAAUGAAACGGGGCGUUUCCAUUCAUAUGCACUCAUGUUCGGACUCUGAUGCUCAUGUUUAUACGUUCAUACUGUACGACUGUGCCAUAGAUCUGCAUGGCUGAAAUAAACUUGACUGAGCAUGACA